ACGUGACUAUUGAUUACGUAGCAGAGCGCAUGAGCAGAGGAGAGCGAACGUCCAUUGUAUUUGAUAAUUUGGCGCGUGUUGUCCGUAUAACUUUAUUCCAUUUUACAAAAAUUCUCUAACUUGUCCACUUGGUCUUAAAACUAAAAGGAAAUGAGCGGCGAAUUAGUAAUCAUAGCCGUAGACGGCAGCAAACAAGCAGAAGAGGCUUUUGAAUGUAAGUUAAUAUUUUCUUCUAAAAAUUGACUUUUUUUUGUAUUUGACCUUUUAACAAUUUUUUUCUCUUCACAAUGUUAUUUAUAUCUCUGUAUAGGCCUUUUUUUUAUGACAUUCGAAUAUUUUAUCUCUUAACGCAUGCUCUUCUUUUUUGUUCAUCGAUUAAUCAAUUUAAUCGAUAGUUCUGAAGGGAAAAUAGCACUUUUGUUAGCGUUACAAUAAACAAUAAAUUAAAUAUUCUUAUAAUCUAUUCUUAGUAAGUAAUAUUAGAAUUUUGUGUUUUUGCUAUUUUUUACUUCAAUAUAAAUCUGUUCUACUUUUUGGCCUAUUUGACUUUAUAAUUUAUCUACGUGUUCUUUAUUUAACGUUCUAUUAUAGUAGAGAAAGGCAAAAGGGGGAAAAAAACCCAGUCAGUAUUAUCCUUUUGAACGUGAUGAAAAAACAACUUUUUUGUAUUUUUGGUCUUGAUGUAAAGACAGGCCAGACUGCCCAACAAGGUGAAAAACGAGGUUAACAGAAGAAAGAAAAAGAAUGUAAUUUAUACUGAACAAAAAAAACCUACAAUAGAAUGAAGUUGACUCUAAAAAGAUGUUCAGAUUGUUUUUUUCCCACUUACAGGAAAAGCGUGAAAGUAAUUUGGAACCAUAACGAAAUGGUGUUAGCUGUAAAGAUAGCUACUCUUUUAAGUAAUGAAUAAAUCCCUAUUUUACUUCAAGUAUAUAGUCUUAAAAAGAUUUAGAAUAAUAUUUCUAAUAAAUAACAUGUAUUAAGCUUAUACCGGUGUUGUAUAUUUCAAUACAUUUACUAUUUUUUUCAACACUUAGAUUAUAUUAAAUUACGAAUUAAAACGAAUAAUAGUGAAAAUUUUAUUAUGUAAAUUUAUUACUAUUUUCUCGUGUCUUGUUUUUUGACCUUUAGAAGGGGGACGGAAUGCUUAGGAAACGUCACGCUUUUAUAGUCAUUUUUAUUGAAGUAAAUAGGUUAGGAAUGUUGAAAAGAAAAAACAUAAAGAAUCUUUUCUCGCUAUUAAUGAUUGAUACUAGAUUUCAUGUAGAUGCAUAGACAUACUGUAUAUAUUAGAAUGAUAAAAUAUAGUCAAUAAUAUUGCUUUUAUAUUGAGAGGAAAGAUCAUAAAAAUUAUUCUUUUUAUAUUAUCAUAUACGUUUUCCCAGUUGUAGUAAUUUUAUUAAAUAGAUUUUUUUAUGGACGACCUUGUUACGACUUUGCCCAACGGAAUCAAUUACGCAGCCUGUAGUUACCAAUUAAGAUUAAUUCAAUACGAGAGAAAGACAAACGGAAAGAUUCCCUCUCAGUUAGUGGUAUUUUCAGAACUGAUUGCCAGUGAAAAUUUUAGGUAUAGAGCGUCUAAGUGACGCUUUCUACUCCCAAACGAUGAAUAAACGUAGAUAUAGGCCGAAAAGAGGAAGAUGGAACGAACGGGGGGAGGGGAGGAAGCUGAAGCGGAUUGAUAACGUAUUUGUUGUUGCGUCUCAUUACUUGUGUAGCGUGAAAAUGAAUAAAUUCUUUUAGAGUCUGCGAACAUGGGUAAAAAACUCUGUCUCUACAUACUGCAUAUUUAUAUAUAUCGCAUAUAAUCUUAGAGCGUCUAUUUAUAUAAGAUUGGAACUCUGUAUAUUAGCAUUGUAUAAAUAUAUCUUGAUAUUAAUAUAUCCAGGGUACACCAAGCAUCUUCAUAAGGCUGGUAACAGGUUAAUCUUGGCCCAUAGCAUUGAAGCACCAUCUAUGCCUACAAGAGAGUCAUGGGAACAACAAACUCAAGCUGGACAAGUGAAAAGUAAGGAAUUGAAAGAAAAAUACGAUGAGAAAUUGCGUGCCUCAAACAUCGAUAAAUUCGAAUGGGAAGAAGAGGUAGAGAAACCAGGAGAAUUUCUCUGCGGACUAGCUAAGAAUAAGAGUGCUAGCUACGUAGUCAUGGGUACUCGCGGCUUGGGUAAAUUACGUCGAACCAUUAUGGGUUCCGUUAGCGAUUACGUUGUCCAUCAUUGCUGCUGUCCUGUAUUGGUCUGCCGUCAGAAAUGAACUGAGGAAAAUUAAACAUUUCGUUCAAAUAUAAAAUUAUAAAGCAUGUAGUUGUUGUCAGUGACCUAAGAGUAAAAGCUAUACGCUAUUAGCACAUAGAUAACAAUUAAAUUUUUAAACAGGUAGAUGUGUCUAAUAUCUCUUCGUAUAAUAAUUCGCAUCGGCGCCCAGCAAACCAAAUGAUUAUUGUUUCGUAAUAACUUAAUGUACAACAGCAAAUUAAUAUUAACUAUGAACUAAUAAAUAAUUGUGUAUCUUAUAUCUUAUCUUUGAAGUUUCUUUCAUGUGAGCACAAUCUUUUAUAUAUUUCAAACUUGUAAAAUCGAAGAGUAAAGGGUUAAAAAUUGGUUAUUCCUGUUUCCAGUUUAAAAUUCCACGCUCGAAUAUGGAUUAAAACUAAUCCAAGGCUCUGUUACCGCAAAGCCCCCUUAGAGAAUAUCUUCACUGGUUACAUUUCCAGAAACUUUCUCUGUUUUAUAUAAUAUUUGAUGUUCUUAAACGUUUUUUGACAUUCGAGUCAUUAAGUAGAAGGAAUGUGGGACCAAAUUGAAGUAUAUAUUAUUUACUGUCAAUUUUAAGAUAACGAGUAACUAUGACAUGAAAAUUUAUAUUAAGUGAAAAGCAAGAGGAUGACUCGGCACCUUUGAAACUCUCGCAAAAGAGUGUAUUUAACAACGUCUUAUUAAGUGACAUUGACUUAUUACGUUUCAAUUUUUAAGCUAAUAUAGUUAUUACUAAUAUAUUCUAAUGACCUAAUUGUAUUCUAAGUUUUACACAAUUGAAACGCCCAUAUUUAUCAAAAAUAUAUGAAAUAUAUAGAUCAAAACCAAAUAAAGAAAAGAUAUUUUUAAUUUAAAGUACUUUAAUCUUUAUUAAUUUCAGCACGUGAACGAUCGUUUCAUAAAGGAGUGCUUAUCAAAUUUAAUUAAAUGCUCAUUUAACUAGCAGGUAUUGAGGAAAGCACUUUAAGUUUUUUUUAAAGUUUAACUACAAAAAGAUACUAAAAAGUAAUUAAAUCUACUUUUUUCAGUAUAUAUUUACGUAUUAAGCAGAAAAUUUCGUACUUUCUGCUCUGUAUUUAAAGAAUACAAAUGAAGGCCGUUAUCUGCUGUGUUGUUCUUGCUUUAUUCGUUGUUGCAGUUAACUGUACCACAAUGUCGCCAAAUGACACUAUUACGGGAAGUUCUCAAACUACAAGAAAUGCGAACCCCGGAAUAAGUGUUGGAUCAACUGCAGGGCAGGAAACUACCAUGAAACAAUCUGUACCAACAGCAAAAACAACUCCAAGUGCCGCAUCGAACUUGAUCUUCAAUGGUAUUGGUUUGAUAAUCGCAACGGUGUUUCUACGUUUGUUGUAGAGAAAAUAGAAAAAAAAAUCGACUUUAAGCUAGCAUAUCGCAUUGGUAUUUGUGUAUUGAAAAGGAAUUUCUUUCCGAAUGAAAAACCAAUUACUGGCAAAAUAUAUCGAAAACUAUAGUUGACUUAUUUUCUUUAGUACGAAACAUAAAUGAAUUAUAUUAUUUAAUAAAUAAACAUUGUCUAUAAGCUAAAA